AAAUUUCAAUUGAAAAUGAUAUCAAAUUUAUUCUCUUCUUUUGACCCAGGAACUUAUCUAAGAACAUCUUUAAAUUGAAUAAGAACAUUUUUAGGAUUAUUAUUUUUACCUUCUAUAUUUUGAUUAAUUCCUUCACGUUAUAGAUAUUUAUGAAAUAAAAUUAUUAUUACUCUUCAUAAUGAAUUUAAAAUUUUAUUAGGAAAUAAUUCUAUCAAAGGAAGAACAUUGAUCUUUAUUUCUAUUUUCUCUAUAAUCAUAUUUAAUAAUUUUUUAGGAUUAUUCCCAUAUAUUUUUACUAGAUCUAGUCAUAUAGUAAUAACUCUUACUUUAGCUUUACCAAUAUGAUUAAGUUUUAUAAUUUAUGGAUGAAUUAAUAAUACUAUACAUAUAUUUGCUCAUUUAGUUCCUCAAGGAACACCCCCUGUUUUAAUGCCUUAUAUAGUCUGUAUUGAAACUAUUAGUAAUAUUAUUCGACCGGGAACUUUAGCUGUCCGAUUAGCAGCUAAUAUAAUUGCCGGACAUUUAUUAUUAACACUUUUAGGUAAUACUGGAUAUUCAUUAAAUUUUAUUUUAAUUAAUUUUUUAAUUAUUACUCAAUUUUUAUUACUUUUACUUGAAUCAGCAGUUUCAAUUAUUCAAUCAUAUGUAUUUGCCGUAUUGACAACCCUUUACUCUAGAGAAGUAAAUUAAUUU